AUGUCUGUCAUCCAUUCUGAAACAGACACCUAUGAUAUUAUUCAAAUCUUGGGCAAGGGGACUUUUGGUGAGGUGGCAAAGUGCUGGAAGAGGAGCACUGGCCAUUUUGUAGCAAUUAAGAUCCUCAAAAGUGAUUCCUACCGUGCCCGAAUCAUCAAAAAUGAGUUAAAGAUGUUGAGAGUGUUAGGAACAGUGGAUCCCGACCAAUACCACAUCAUCCAAUUCUUUGAAUGUUUCCAUGACGAUAUCAAGUCAUACUUGGUGUUUGAGCUUCUAGAGCAGAACAUUUUUGAGUUUCAGAAGGAGAACAACUUUGCCCUCCUCCCAGCCAGGCACAUUCGGACUGUUACCACUCAAGUUUUGAGAGCCCUCCAAAAGCUGAAGGACCUGUCAAUCAUUCAUGCUGAUCUCAAGCCUGAGAACAUCAUGAUCAUUGAUCAGAAGCGGUUCCCCUUCCGUGUAAAACUGAUUGAUUUUGGAUCGGCAAGCAUAUUUCACGAGGUGCGGUAUGUCAAAGAACCUUACAUCCAGUCCAGGUUUUACCGCUCGCCUGAGAUUCUCCUUGGCCUUCCCUUCUGUGAGAAGGUGGACAUGUGGUCACUGGGCUGUGUCAUGGCUGAGCUGCACCUGGGCUGGCCCCUCUACCCUGGCAACAGUGAGUACGACCAGAUCCGCUACAUCGUGGAAACGCAGGGGCUCCCGAAGGACCAGCUGCUCAACGCAGCCACCAAGGCGUGCCAGUUCUUCCGCCGCUGCCCAUGCCAGCACGCUGGCUCCCAGUGGCAGCUCAAGGGGGUCUCCGACUAUCAGGCAGAGACCAUGGUGCAGCCUAUGGAGAGGAGGAAGUACAUGCUCAAAUCGCUGGACCAGCUGGAGACCAUCCACAUCACCAAGAACGCCUUCGCGGACGAUGAGGUCAUCGCCGAGUUCCACGAUCGCAAGAACAUGGUGGAGCUCAUCAAGAGGAUGUUAACCCUGGACUCCCAUGAGAGGAUCACCCCCAGCGCCGCCCUCAAGCAUCCCUUCGUCACCAUCCAGCAGCUCAAAAUGACCCACGAGCACACCAAGUACUACGACCUGUCUGUGCAGGCACUCAAUGCGGCCCUCAAUGGUGACAGACGGGUCCUGGCCGAGCAACGUUAUUACAGCGCGGCCAACGAGACUUACUGCACCAGCUCUGAUUACUACGAGUGCAGGCAGGCCCACCAUAUCCCUAGCGUUGCCUCGAUGCAGAGGGCAAUUGACAAGAUGGAUAGCUUGACUAUUGAGGAGCCGGGACAGGAGUUUGGCGUCAGCAUGUGGGCCGAGGGAGCAGGUAACGUGGGGUAUCUGCCUUCUACCUCUCGGGCGGGCAAUCCCAGCUGCCUGUCCCAUUCGUACCACCAUGCAGCCUGCUUCAGGUCCAAACACCCCACACAGCGGCACAGGAAUGAGUCGGUUGCGGGUUACCAUGGCAGCUGGUGUGGACUGAAGCAGCAGAAGGCCCCCCACCAUUCCAUGUCAGAUCCGACAUUCAGCAAUGUGAUCCUGCUUGGACAGGAACCCACCCCAGAGAUCUCCAGUUGGCAGGAGGAAGAUGUGGAGGCCAUCUUCCCGGCAUCUUCUUUCCUGGCGCAAGAGGCAAAGAGAGUUGAGGAGAUUAUGGUCCAUAAAAAACCUUUAGAUCCUGAGAGAUCGCAACCAAGUCAACAGGAUUCCGAACGCUCUGACAGCUUUGACAACGAAUGGUUAAACAUCGGCAGCGAGACUUGGAGCCCUGAUAGCACAGAUUCGGUCUCCAUUGAAUACGAGAACAUACAGCCCCGAAAUAGCAACUACCAGAGUUACCUGCACAUGGAAAACCAUCAUUAG